AUGAGUGGUCAACAAAAUCCGCCAACCACCAAGGGCGCAUCCCACAAGCAAGCCUCUUUUCAGACUCCUGAGACUGCGCCUCCGGUGGAUCCCAUUAUUGCGGCUGCUUGGGGUCCUCAUGUGCCUCCCGAUGCUAGCUAUUACGCCAUGGAGCACGAUGAGCCAGGCCUGAUGGGAAGUAUUGAGAUACUUCGAGAACUCAUGUCUACAUACGAUAUGGAUCCCUCCAACCUCAUCCAAAUUGUAAUACAAUGCCCGCCUAAACUCACCAAGGCAAUUGUUCACGUGGUGCUGCGAGCGAAGGCUGCAGCUGAAGCCACAAAGGCCACAAAGAACAACCAGAAGAUGCAGAAGGACAAGAAGACAAAGAAGAAGACUGGAGAGACGGCCAACGUUGAGAAGAAUAACGAGGAUGCUAAGAGUGGCGAAUCCAUGGCCGUCAAGAGUCAAGAAGAUCAGAAUGAGAAGAACCAAACGAAGAACUUGACCGACAAAGCUUCUGAUUCUGCCGAGAUCAAUGCCGUGCCCAGCAACAACCAGUCGGCGGUCUCCAAAAGCAAGAAGAACAGGCCAAAGAAGAGAAAGAAUAAGGCUAGCAAAGCCGUUGAGACUGCGGAGAACAACCCAAGGGUUCACAUCGACCGGUCGGCAGUCCCCCCAACCACGAAGACUAAGGAGAAGGAGAAGACUGGCAAGAAUUCUAAGGCUGAUGAGAUCAGCGUUGAGACGAACACCAAACAACCAACGAUCCCUGAGAGUAAGAAGGGCAAGGCGAAGGAGAAGACUGGUAAAGAUCCCGAGACAGCCAAGAACAACACAGGAGCCACCAUCGAACAGCAGGCAAUCCCCAAGAGCAAGAGCAAGACCAAGAUAGCGAAGAAGACCAACAAGAACGAUGGCUCUGCGGAAAAUCACACGUGCAAGCAAGCUGGGAAGACACAGCCCGAGACAUCUACAAGCCCGACAAAGAUGCAGAACAACAACAAGGUCGAACGUCACUACAAAUGCGACAAGGGCAAGAGGAAUGCAGCGGUCAGCAAGCCAACUGAUGGAGGAUUCUUCUCCGCCUUAGAAGUCGGUUGCAUGCAGAGAUCAUUCUAUCGCGUUGUAAACGGGAUCAUAGAUUGCCAGGAAGUGUGGUAUGUGGUGCAGAUGAUGCAGGAGGCAAUGGUAGAGUUGCAGCGGGCCAAAGCCAAGCAGCAGCAAAGCCAAGAGCAGAAGGAGAGCUCUGCCAAGUAG